CCACUCAUAGUUUCAGUUUGCCAGCAAUCUGUAAACAUGCCACCCAAAGUCGGAUCUAAAGGAGCUAAGAAAGCCGCCACCAAGGCCAAGGCCCAGAGAACUGGGGACAAGAAAAAGCGCAGGAGGAGGAGGGAAUCCUACGCUAUCUACAUCUACAAAGUCCUGAAGCAGGUGCACCCUGACACUGGAGUUUCCAGCAAGGCCAUGAGCAUCAUGAAUUCUUUCGUCAAUGACAUCUUCGAGAGAAUCGCCGCCGAGGCUUCCCGCCUGGCCCACUACAACAAACGCUCAACCAUCACCAGCAGAGAAAUCCAGACUGCAGUCCGUCUUCUCCUGCCCGGUGAAUUGGCCAAGCACGCUGUCUCUGAAGGCACCAAGGCUGUCACCAAGUACACCAGCAGCAAGUAAACUGCAAGCAGUGGCAGUUUGAUAAAACAAAACGGCCCUUUUCAGGGCCACACAAAUUUUUCGAAAAGCUACCAUCUUUAUAAUGCAAUAGUAAACAACUGUUUCAGUUGUGUGUACUGGUUGUGUCAUUGUAAUGCUGUCAAUUUCUUAAACAGUCCUUUAAGGAAAAUAAACAAAUACAUGAAGAAAAAAAAAACCCUCAAAUACACAUACAUCAAAUACAAAUUAUGCAUCAGAGGGGUACGUGCAUGUACAAUAAAAACAAAAUCUUUCCCAAUUACAGCACAUGUGCCCGAUUUCCACAGAUUUCUCCUAUUUUCGAUGUAAUAGUCUUAGAGUACAGAAGAUUCCCAUCGGUUGUGUUUAUUUAUAGUUGUGUUUAUAUAUAGUUGUGUUUAUCUAUAAUGGCACAUAACUGAUAGUUGUAGCUGAACAAUUUAACAUAUGAUCUGUCUGUUGAAUACUAUUAUCUAAUGUUAUAAUAAAUCUGUAACAACAUAUUCUGGGCACACUACUAUGCUGUAUAUUCUAAUUUAUUUCCCCACCUAUUAAUUGUUACAACGAUAAUUCACUUCCGCAGAUUUUAAGACUUGAAUAUGGUCCACAAUAGCCCAUAUAUUAUUUCAUUGUAAUUUAUUGAUAUUCAAAUAUCAGAAAACAAUCGAUAAAUGAUGUGUUUAUGUUUACAUAUUAUGUGUCUAUUUAAACAUGUUAUAAUAUAGAUUUUUGGAAUAAAAAAAUAACCAAACAUUUAUAUCUAACAGCUGGUGAAAUAU